AUGGUUGUUUUAUCUGCUUCAAUUUGUACUCGUGGUGGUAAACCAUUGUUAUCUAGACAAUUUAUUGACAUAUCAAAAGAUAGAAUUACUUUAUUAUUAUCAAAUUUCCCAACUUUAAUUAAUUCAGACUCUUCAAAUUCAACUCGUCAACAUACUUCAGUUGAAGAUGAUUCAGCAAAUGUUAGAUAUGUUUAUCAACCAUUAGAAGAAUUUUAUAUUGUUUUGAUUACUAAUAAAAGUUCCAAUAUUUUACAAGAUAUAGAUACUUUACAUUUGUUUAGUUCAACAAUUACAAAUAUGUUAAGAAAUAUCGAUGAAAGAGAAAUUUUUGAUUCUUCAUUUGAUAUUAUUGAUGCUUUUGAUGAAAUCAUUAAUUUAGGUUAUAAAGAAAAUUUAACAAUGAGUCAAGUUUCAACAUUUUUAGAAAUGGAUUCACAUGAGGAAAAAAUUCAAGAAAUUAUUGAAAGAAAUAAAGAAUUAGAAGCUACUGAAGAAAGAAAAAGAAGAGCAAAAGAGAUUCAAAGAAAAGAAUUGGCAAGAAAGAAUAUGGAAAUGCAAAUGCCAGAGAGAAAUAUUAGUGGAUUUGGUUCAAGUUCACAAUCUUAUCAGCCUACAUAUCAACCAAGCCCAAUUAUUGAAACAAAUCAAGAAGAGCAACAACCAGUUAGUAAAUUAUUAACACCAAAUAAAAGGGUUGGUUUAAACCUUAAAAAAAAUUCAAGAAUUUCUUCAACAGUGAAUCAACCUUUAAUUUCAAAUACACAACCAAUUUUUCAUAGACAUACACAACAACAUGCACCAGAGUCAGUUAGAAAAUCAAAUUCUAAUUCGCCAAUACCUUCAACUCCUAAAGUACCAAAUAAUGGUAUCUUAAUCACUAUAGUUGAAAAAAUUAAUGCAAAAUUGUCAAGAGAAGGUUCAAUAAUUUCAUCUGAAAUUAAAGGUGAUUUACAAUUAAGAAUUAAUGACUCAAAUUUAUCAAAUUGUAAGAUUUUAAUGAACAAUAUCGCAGAUAAAAAGAAUUUUAAAACUCAUCCAAAUGUAGAUAAAUCAAUUUUUCAAAAUAAAAAUAUUAUAACUGUGAAAGAUAGAAAUAAAUCAUUCCCAAGUAAUGAUGUUGCUUUAGGGGUUUUAAAAUGGAGAAUUACAGGUAAAGAAGAAGAUUCAAAUUUAGUACCAAUUGUUAUAACUAGUUGGUGUAAUAUGGAAGAGAAUUUAAUAAAUGUCAAUCUAGAAAUUGAAUCAACAAAUCCUUAUUUAAAGAUUGAAAAUUUGAAGAUUUUAAUGCCUAUAGCUUCUGAAGAUUUAAAUUUACAAGAACAAGAAGGUGUAAGUUAUGAUAUUAUACCUGAUCAAGGAACUAUUUUUAAUAUUUUAUCAAUUAAAGAUGGUUCUGGUAAUUUUGAAUUUAGUGUACCUGUUGAAUCAGAAGAUGAUUUAUUCCCAUUACAAUUAAGUUUUGACUCUUAUAAUAGUGAUUUAAUUGGUGGAGAUUUUGUUUCUGUAAGUGGUGUUUCAAUACUUGAUGUUGUUUCAAAUAAAGAAGGUGAUGAUGAAGAAAGUUUACCAUUUGAUUUACAUUCAAAUUUAGUUUCUGAAAAUUAUAUAAUUGAAUAG